UCCAAUCCAAGUCAACAACCUCACAUUAUAUUAUUAGAUCAUCCAAUUUUCAUCACUACUCUACCUCUCUCUCAUGAACAAUAAUAUUUCCCAAACUUCCGCCGCCGGUGACACCAAAUACAGAGGUGUUCGGCGGCGUAAAUGGGGGAAAUGGGUUGCGGAAAUCCGUCUCCCAAACAGCCGAGACCGUAUAUGGCUCGGUUCUUACGACUCACCAGAGAAAGCUGCUCGAGCUUUUGAUGCUGCUCUUUUCUGCCUGCGUGGUCCUCAUGCCAAGUUUAACUUCCCUGACCAACCACUGCCUGACAUUCUUAAUGCUCAUUCACUCACUGCCCAUCAGAUUCAAGAGUUUGCUGCUAAGUUCGCUAAUGAGUAUGAGUGUCACCAAAACGACGACGUCGUUGAUGUAGCUCCUCCACCCACUACUACUACUGCUGAAGAAAAAUGUGGAAUUUCACCUUCCUCCUCUAAUUAUAACAAUAUGGAUUGGUCAUUCCUUGAUGAAAUUCACGAUCAUCACUACCCCAACCCCAACCCCCAUUCUUCUUCCUCUUCUUCCAAUUUCUUUCCUCUUUACAAUGACCAUUUUGAUAAUAUCUUAACCAAUGAUUUUUAUCAAUCUUCCACCACCAACAACAACGACGACCUUUACGAUGCUGUUUCUGGUGACGACGACGACACUUUCUCCAACCAACCCUUUCUUUGGAACUUUUAAAUCUCACCCUAAUUAUAUCAAGCAAUAUCUUUCCUAUAUAGAUAUUUUACAUCCUACUAUACUUAGGCCUUACAACUACAAGGCUCUCCCUUUUUUCUACUUUCUCUCUAAGUCUAAUUUUUUGGGGAGAAAAUCAAAUUAAAAACCCUUCAAAGAAAAGAACUUUUAUUUUUAUAAGUGUAGGGUUCUUUUUAUUUCCGGGGAAAAUGAAGAAAAAUAAACCUUUUUUUUGUUUUUUGUUUUUUUUUGUUUUUCCCCCCCCCCCCCCCUAUCAUUUUUGAGUCAUUUUGUGAAUGAUUUCGUUAAGAGAGAGAUAGAACUUGGGUAUGUGUUUUAUUGUUUUGAUCCAUUUUGGCAAAGUUUCCUUCUUUAAGUAUAUUGUGUAUUGCUGCUAUAUAAGUAUAUUGCUAUAUAUAUAGAAAGAGAAAAAUAUAUAUAUAGUGUGUGUGUGUUGUUAUGUUAUUGGACUGUCUCUAUUAGCCAA